AUGGAGUAUCCUUUGGAAUGUGGUUCUCAGGAAGCCUUGGUGUGCAGCCAGAGUGCUCGGGGAGAGAUGCAGAAAGUUGAAAUAACACUUCAGGAUAUCAAUGACAACCCACCAGUAUUCCCCACAGAUAUGCUCGAUCUGACCGUAGAAGAGAAUAUAGGAGAUGGAUCUAAAAUAUUGCAGCUGACAGCCAUGGACGCUGAUGAGGGAGCCAAUGCCCUGGUGACAUACACCAUUAUCAGCGGUGCGGAUGACAGCUUCCACGUUGACCCCGAGUCAGGGGAGCUGAUCGCCACCAAGCGCCUGGACCGGGAGCGCCGCUCCAAGUACUCCCUGCUGGUCCGCGCCGAUGACGGCCUGCAGUCCUCAGACAUGAGGAUAAACAUCACUGUUAGCGACGUCAAUGACCACAUCCCCAAAUUCUCCAAGCCAGUGUAUUCCUUUGACAUCCCAGAAGAUGCCACUCCAGGUUCCUUAGUGGCAGCCAUCCUAGCCACUGACGACGACUCCGGUGUCAACGGGGAGGUCACGUACACCGUAAGUGAGGAUGAUGAGGAGGGCGUCUUCUUCCUCAAUCCCGUCACUGGGGUCUUCAACCUGACCCGUGCGCUGGACUACGAAGCACAGCAGUACUACAUCCUCACCGUCCGCGCAGAGGAUGGGGGAGGCCAGUUCACGGCCAUCCGAGUGUACUUCAACAUCCUGGACAUCAAUGACAACCCGCCGGUGUUCAGCAUGGCCUCGUACAGCACGUCUGUGAUGGAGAACCUGUCCCCAGGCUCAGCUAUCCUCAACUUCAGUGUCACUGAUGCGGACGAUGGCUCCAACUCUCAGCUGUCCUUCAGCAUCGCAUCCGGGGACAGCGCGGGGCAGUUUGGCAUCGACAACAGCGGGAUGCUGAGCAUCAGGCAGCCUUUGGAUCGGGAAAGCCAGUCUUUCUACAGCCUCGUCGUGCAAGUCCACGACAUGGCCCCUCUCGCCGCCUCCAGGUACACAAGCACAGCUCAGGUUUCAAUCAUUCUGCUGGAUGUGAACGACAGCCCUCCAACCUUUAUCUCCCCUAAGCUGACCUACGUGCCGGAAAACACGCCGAUAGAUACAGUUGUGUUCAAAGCCCAGGCAACCGAUCCUGACAGUGGUCCCAACAGCUACAUUGAAUACAGUCUGCUCCGGCCUCUGGGAAACAAAUUCAGCAUCGGCACUAUCGACGGGGAAGUGAGGCUGACCGGGGAGCUCGACAGAGAAGCUGUGUCCAACUACACCCUGACUGUGGUAGCCACAGACAAGGGCCAGCCGUCCCUUUCUUCAUCUGCGGAUGUGGUGGUUAUAGUCCUGGACAUUAAUGACAACAACCCGCUUUUUGCCCAAAAGCUUUAUAAAGUAGAGGUGGAGGAAAAUACUUUGACGGGGACGGAUUUAAUCCAGGUGUUGGCUACGGAUGGAGAUGAAGGGACAAAUGGGCAGGUCCGCUAUGCCAUCACGAGUGGAGAUGCCAAUAAUGAGUUUCGUAUCGAUUCUGUGACGGGGGUGAUAACAGUUGCCAAGCCUUUGGAUAGAGAGAAGAAGCCCUCCUAUACACUGACUGUUCAGUCGGCUGACCGUGGGAGCAGCCCGAGGACUGAUACCACAACAGUCAAUAUUAUUCUGAAGGAUGUCAAUGAUUUUAUUCCCACGUUUGAACUUUCUCCCUACUCUGUGAAUGUUGCUGAGAAUUUAGAGACGCUCCCAAAAGUUAUUCUUCAGGUUGUAGCAAGGGAUGAUGAUCAGGGCCUGAACAGCAAGCUGACUUAUGUGCUGGUGGCUGGCAAUGAAGAAGGAGCCUUUACUCUCUCGGGCAGUGGAGAGCUGCGCUUGGUCCGGAGCCUGGACCGGGAGGCAAAGGAGCAGUACAUGCUACUGAUCACAGCGGCUGAUGCAGGAUCUCCUGCCCUCACUGGCACUGGAACCAUUGCUGUCACAGUGGAUGAUGUCAAUGACAAUGUCCCCACGUUCGCCUUUAACGUGUACUUUGCCACCGUUCUGGAAGAUGCUCCUACAGGGACAGAUAUUUUGCUCGUAAACUCCUCGGAUGCUGAUGCUUCUACAAACGCUGUUAUUAGCUAUAGGCUUUCUGGUGGCAAUUCCCAAUUCACAAUCAACCCAUCUACAGGACAAAUCAUCACCAGUGCCCUCCUCGAUCGAGAGACAAGGGAGAACUACACUUUGGUGGUGGUGGCGAGUGACGGGGGCUACCCCAGGGCUCUCUCCAGUUCCACCAGUGUGCUCGUCUCUGUUGCUGAUGUGAAUGACAACCCACCCAAAUUUCAGCACCAUCCUUAUGUCACCCACAUCCCAUCACCUACCACCUCAGGCUCAUUUGUGUUUGCUGUGACUGUCACCGAUGCAGAUGCCGGAUCCAAUGCUGAGCUCCAUUAUUCCCUUGUUGGGAAAAACUCUGAGAAGUUCCACAUUGAUCCAGCGAGGGGGGCGAUCCUGGCUGCGAACCCGCUGGUGGGAGAGUCCGAAGUCACCAUUUCUGUUCACGUGAGGGAUGGUGGCCGGUACCCCAAGACAGACUCUACCACCGUCACUGUGAGGUUUGUGAACAAAGCUGAAUUCCCUCAUGUUCAGGCAGAUCAGGAGACUUUCACCUUCCCUGAAAACCAAGCAGUUGGUACAGUUGUCACCACCGUCUCUGGAUCUUCAGCCAGAGGAGGUUCCCUGUCCUACUACAUCGCAAGUGGUAACCUGGGCAGCACUUUUGCGGUUGACCAGGUGACAGGACAGCUUUCUGUCAGGCGGGCUUUGGAUUUUGAAGCCAUACAGAAAUACGUGGUGUGGAUUGAGGCCAGAGAUAUGGGCUUUCCUCCCUUUUCCUCGUACAAAAAAUUGGAAGUAACGGUGAUAGAUGUCAAUGAUAACGCGCCAGAGUUUGAGCAAGAUCCCUUCAUUGCAGAAAUAGUGGAGAACCUGUCCCCACGGAAGAUACUGACAGUGGCUGCUGUGGACAGGGACAGUGGUCUAAAUGGACAGCUACAUUAUGAAAUAAUUGAGGGCAAUACUGAAAAUAGCUUCAGUAUCAAUCGAGCCACGGGUGAGAUCAGGAGUGUCAGGCCCUUGGACAGGGAGAAGCUGUCUCAAUACACACUAACCAUAAAAGCUUCAGAUAAAGGCACUCCACUCCAGAGCACGACUGUCAAAGUUAUCAUUAAUAUUUUAGAUGAAAAUGACAAUGCUCCAAGGUUUUCCCAGAUAUUCAGUGCUUCUGUGCCAGAAAAUGCACCGAUGGGUUUUACAGUAACCCGGGUCACAACAUCAGAUGAAGACAUUGGGGUGAACGCCAUCAGCAGGUACUCCAUAAGGGAUACGAGUCUCCCAUUUACCAUAAAUCCCAGCACUGGGGACAUCACCAUCAGCAGACCACUGAACAGGGAGGACACUGACCGCUACAGGAUCAGGGUCUCUGCGCAUGACUCUGGGUGGACGGUGAGCACGGAUGUCACCAUAUUUGUCAUGGAUGUCAAUGACAAUGCCCCACGAUUUACAAAGCCAUCCUAUUACCUGGAGUGCCCGGAGCUUCCUGGAAUUGGGUUAAAGGUCACCCAGGUUUCAGCCACCGAUCCAGAUGAAGGGUCAAACGGCCAAGUCUUCUACUUCAUAAAAUCCCAGUCCGAGUUUUUCCGCAUUAAUGCAACCACGGGGGAAAUUUUCAACAAGCAGUACUUAAGGUACCAAAACUCCAGCCGUUCGAGCAACGUCAACAUCAAUAGGCACAGCUUCAUCGUUACCUCUUCAGACCGGGGCAGUCCCCCAUUAAUGAGCGAGACAACUGUCACCAUUAACAUAGUGGACAGCAACGACAACGCGCCGCUGUUCCUCGCUCGGAAAUACUUCACUCCUGUUACUAAGAACGUGAGGGUUGGAACAAACUUAAUCAAAGUUACUGCCGUGGAUGACAAGGACUUUGGCUUGAAUUCUGAGGUGGAGUACUUUAUCUCUGAUGAGAGCAAAACUAAUAAAUUCAGGCUGGACAGGAGUACAGGCUGGAUUUCUGUGUCAUCUUCACUAAUGACUGACUUGAAUAAAAACUUCCUGUUUAAAGUGAAAGCCAAGGACAAAGGUAAUCCUCCGCUCUCAUCCGAGGUAACUGUUGAAAUAGUAGUAACAGAAGAAAAUUACCAUACACCUGAGUUUUCCCAGAGCCGUAUGAGUGUUACUGUCCCAGAGAGUCACUCUGUUGGAACAGUGAUCAGAACAGUUUCAGCACGAGACAGAGAUGCUGCUAUGAAUGGAUUAGUCAGAUAUAAUAUUUCCUCUGGAAAUGAAGCUGGAAUCUUUGCUAUCAACACAACUACCGGUACACUGACGCUAGCAAAGCCACUUGAUUUUGAGUUAUGCCAAAAGCAUGAGCUGGUUGUUACUGCCACAGAUGGCGGAUGGGUGUCCAGAACAGGCUACUGCAGUGUCACUGUUAAUGUUGUUGAUGUGAAUGAUAAUUCUCCAGCAUUCAGCCCUGAGGACUACUUUCCCAACGUGUUAGAGAAUGCCCCCAGUGGGACAACUGUUAUUUGUUUAAACGCCACUGAUGCUGACUCUGGACCUAAUGCUGUGAUUGCAUAUGCCAUUCAGUCCUCAGACAGUGACCUCUUUGUCAUUGGCCCCAAUACAGGAACAAUCACCACCCAGGGAUUUUUAGAUUAUGAAACAAAGCAAAGUUACCAUUUAACAGUAAAGGCUUUCAAUGUUCCAGAUGAAGAGAGGUGCAGCUUUGCUAGUGUCAACAUCCAGUUAGAAGGGACAAAUGAAUAUGUGCCCCGUUUUGUGUCCAAGCUUUAUUAUUUUGAGGUUUCAGAGGCAGCCUCCAAAGGUACUGUCAUAGGGGAAGUUUUUGCAAGUGAUCGUGAUAUGGGAACUGAUGGAGAAGUCCACUACCUUAUCUUUGGCAACAGCAGAAAGAAGGGCUUCCAGAUAGAUAAGAAGAGUGGCCAGAUCUAUGUUUCAGGACCUCUUGACAGAGAAAAAGAAGAACGGAUCUCUUUGAAAGUCCUUGCAAAAAAUUUGGGCAGCAUUCGUGGUGCAGACAUAGAUGAAGUAACCGUUAAUAUCACUAUACUGGAUGCCAACGAUCCUCCAGUCUUUACCUUGGGAACCUACAAUAUACAAAUCAGCGAGGGCGUUCCUCCAGGCACCCACGUCACGUUUGUUAGUGCCUUUGAUUCAGAUUCUGUCCCUAGCUGGAGCAGGUUUUCCUAUUUCAUUGGCUCUGGCAAUGACAACAGCGCCUUUUCCAUCAACCCACAGACAGGACAGGUGACAGUCACCGCAGAGCUGGAUCGAGAAACGCUGCCUGUCUACAACCUGUCUGUUCUGGCCAUUGAUUCGGGAACACCGUCUGCUACGGGAAGUGCCUCUUUGUUAGUAACUUUGGAAGAUAUCAACGACAACGGCCCUACCUUGUCCACCAGCCAAGGAGAAGUCAUGGAGAAUAACCGUGCAGGAACUCUUGUGAUGACGCUUCAGUCAUCAGACCCUGAUCUCCCUCCCAACCAAGGCCCUUUUACGUACUACUUGCUCAGCACUGGUCCUGCGACCAGCUACUUCAGCCUCAGCACUGCUGGUGUUCUGACAACGACGAGGGAGAUCGACAGGGAGCAAAUCAGCGAUUUCUACCUAUCAGUGAUUACGAGAGACUCUGGUGUCCCUCAGAUGUCUUCCACAGGAACUGUGCAUAUCAAGGUGAUAGACCAAAAUGACAACCCAUCUCAGCCCAGAACGGUAGAAAUCUUUGUUCACUAUUAUGGCAACCUCUUCCCAGGCGGAAUUUUGGGCAACGUAAAGCCGCAGGAUCCAGACGUGCUAGACAGCUUCCAGUGCUCCCUCACCUCAGGAGUCACCAGCCUCUUCAGCAUUCCGGGGGGUACCUGUGAGCUGCACUCACAGGCAAGGUCCACAGAUGGCACAUUUGACCUGGCCAUCCUCAGCAAUGAUGGGUUACAUGGUGCCGUCACCAGCAGCGUCCGGAUUUUCUUCGCGGGUUUCGGCAACACCACCAUUGACAACAGCAUCCUCCUUCGCCUGAGCGCCCACAGCGUGCGGGACUUCCUGACGAACCACUACCUCCACUUCUUGCGCAUCGCCAGCUCCCAGCUGACGGGGCUGGGCACUGCCAUCCAGCUCUAUGGGCUCUACGAGGAGAGCAACCACACCUUCCUGAUGGCGGCCGUCAAGCGCGGCAACAACCAGUACGUGAAUCCCAGCGGCGUGGCCACCUUCUUCGAGAGCAUUAAGGAUGUCCUCUUCCGCCAGAGCGGGGUGCGGGUCGAGGCUGUGGACCACGACUGGUGCCUGCAGAGCCCCUGCCAGAAUGGAGGGAGCUGCCUGAGGAGGCUGGCGGUGGGCCCAGCUCUGAAGACCCACGAGAGCAUCCCUGUCAUCAUCGUGGCCAACGAGCCCCUCCGGCCCUUUGUGUGCCGGUGCAUGCCGGGGUACGAUGGGAGUCUGUGUGAGACCGAUAUCGAUGAGUGCCUCCCUUCCCCCUGCCACAAUGAUGGGACUUGCCACAACUUGGUGGGAGGCUUCUCAUGCAGCUGCCCGGAGGGUUUCACUGGCAUGGCAUGCGAGAGGGAUGUCAACGAGUGCCUUUCCAACCCGUGCAAAAAUGGUGCCGCCUGCCAGAACUUCCCAGGAAGCUUCAACUGCGUUUGUAAAACCGGAUAUACAGGGAAAACGUGUGACUCCACUGUCAACUACUGUGAGUGCAACCCCUGUUUCAAUGGUGGGUCUUGCCAAAGCGGGUUGGAGGGGUAUUACUGUCACUGCCCAUUUGGUGUUUUUGGGAAUCAUUGUGAACUGAACAGCUAUGGAUUUGAAGAGCUGUCGUACAUGGAGUUUCCCAGUAUGGAUCCAAACAAUAAUUACAUCUAUAUAAAGUUUGCCACUAUAAAAAGUAACGCCUUGUUGUUGUAUAACUACGAUAACCAAACCGGAGAGAGGGCAGAAUUUCUGGCCCUGGAAAUAGCAGAAGAAAGGCUGAGAUUUUCCUACAACCUUGGCAGUGGCACAUACAAGCUUACCACAGCUAAGAGGGUGUCUGAUGGACAAUUCCACACAGUCAUUGCCAGGAGGGCUGGAAUGGCAGCAUCCCUGACUGUGGAUUCCUGCUCUGAGGAUCAGGAGCCAGGCUACUGCACUGUUAGCAAUGUUGCUGUUUCAACUGACUGGACUCUGGAUGUACAACCAAAUCGAGUUACUGUUGGUGGCAUCAGGUCCAUAGAGCCCAUCCUUCAGAGGAGAGGACAGGUGGAAAGCCAUGAUUUUGUGGGCUGUAUAAUGGAGUUUGCAGUCAACGGACGUCCCCUGGAGCCCAGCCAGGCUUUGGCAGCUCAAGGAAUUUUAGAUCAGUGUCCCAGACUGGAAGGUGCUUGCACAACCAGCCCCUGCCAACACGGUGGGACUUGUGUCGAUCACUGGUCGUGGCAGCAGUGUCACUGCAAGGAUGGACUGACAGGAAAGCACUGUGAAAAAUAUAUCACUGCUGACACCGCCUUGUCGCUGGAAGGCAAAGGACGGCUCGACUACCACAUGAGCCCAAACAAGAAGCGAGACUACAUGAUGAGACUGGGAGCUCGAGGCGCCGGCGUGGGACCCCCCCCGAAUGUGGAACGCUUGGAAGUGAAGUUCAGGACAAGAAGCGAGAACGGUGUUUUACUUCACGUCCAAGAAAGCAGCAACUUCACUACCGUGAAGAUAAAAGGUGGGAAAGUGCAUUACAUAUCGGACGCUGGAGUUGCUGGGAAGGUGGAACGGAACAUCCCCGAGGUGUACACUGCAGAUGGUCAGUGGCACUCGGUCCUCCUUGAGAAGAACGGGUCUGCCACCAUCCUGUCGGUCGACAAGACCCACAGCCGAGACAUUCUCCACGCCACCCAAGACUUUGGGGGCCUAAAUGUCCUUACCAUUUCUUUGGGAGGAAUUCCAUCAAGCCAACCUUUCAAGAGCACAGUUGCAGGCUUUGAUGGCUGCAUUUCCUACAUCAAGUAUGGCAGGGAGAGCCUUCCCUUCGCUGGCAAGCACAGCCUCGCCACCCUCUCCAAAACAGACCCCUCGGUGAAGAUCGGCUGCCGCGGCCCCAACAUCUGCGCCAGCAGUCCCUGCUGGGGAGAGCUGAUGUGCAUCAACCGCUGGUAUGCCUACCAGUGCGUCCCACCGGGAGCUUGUGCCUCCAGCCCCUGCCAGAACGGAGGCAGCUGCGAGCCCACGGCGCUCGGCAGCUUCACCUGCAGCUGCCCCGAGGCGUACGCGGGACGGACGUGCGAGACGGUGGUGGCCUGCCUGGGGGUCUCGUGCACCCCUGGCCACGAGUGCAGAGCAGGGAUCAACGGUGGCCACAUCUGCCUCCCGUCCCCACACCCCACCGAGCUGUCCCUCCCUCUCUGGGCCGUGCCGGCCAUCGUGGGCAGCUGCGCGACGGUCCUGGCGCUGCUGGUCCUCAGCCUCAUCCUCUGCAACCAGUGCCGAGGAAAGAAGUCAAAAGGGCCGAAAGAGGAGAAGAAAACAAAGCAGAAGAAGAAAAAGGGGAGUGAGAACGUGGCGUUUGAUGACCCUGACAACAUCCCGCCCUACGGUGAUGACAUGACUGUCAGGAAGCAGCCUGAAGGGAACCCAAAACCCGAUAUCAUUGAAAGAGAAAACCCGUAUCUCAUCUACGAUGAAACCGACAUCACACACGCCACGGAGACGAUCCCCAGCGCCCCGCUGGCAUCCCCCGAGCCCGAGAUCGAGCACUACGACAUCGACAAUGCCAGCAGCAUCGCCCCCUCGGACGCUGACAUCAUCCAGCACUACAAGCAGUUUCGGAGCCACACGCCCAAGUUCUCCAUCCAGAGGCACAGCCCGCUGGGCUUUGCGCGGCAGUCCCCCAUGCCCCUGGGAGCCAGCAGCUUGACCUACCAGCCCGCCUACGGGCAGGGCUUAAGGACAACAUCUUUAAGCCACUCAGCAUGCCCUACCCCCAACCCCCUGUCUCGGCACAGCCCCGCACCCUUCUCCAAAUCGUCGACGUUCUACAGGCACAGCCCAGCGAGGGAGCUGCACCUCGCCAUAAGGGAAGGGAGCCCGCUGGAGACGCACAACGAUGUCUGCCAGCCUGGCAUUUUUAACUAUGCCACUCGACUGGGGAGGAGAAGUAAGAGUCCACAGACCAUGGCGAGCCACAGCUCCCGACCGGGAAGCCGCCUGAAGCAGCCCAUUGGGCAGAUCCCUCUGGAGACUGUUCCUCCAGUGGGGCUGUCCAUUGAAGAGGUGGAGAGACUGAACACCCCUCGGCCCAGAAACCCCAGCAUCUGCAGUGCGGACCACGGCCGGUCCUCCUCAGAGGAGGACUGCAGAAGGCCUCUGUCCCGGACGAGGAACCCGGCCGAUGGAAUUCCCGCGCCCGAGUCCUCCUCCGACAGCGACUCCCACGAGUCCUUCACCUGCUCGGAGAUGGAGUACGACAGGGAUAAGCCUGUGACGUACACCUCCAGGAUGCCCAAGUUAUCCCAGGUCAAUGAGUCUGAUGCGGAUGACGAGGACAACUACGGCUCCAGGCUGAAGCCCCGGCGCUACCCCGGCCGCCGUGGCGAGGGGGGGCCCGUGGGGGCACAGGCAGCCGGGGCCGGGGAGGGCUCCCUGCCCGUGAAGCUGGGGCAGCAAGCGGGAAGCUUCAACUGGGACAACCUCUUGAACUGGGGCCCAGGCUUUGGGCAUUAUGUGGAUGUUUUCAAAGAUUUGGCAUCGCUUCCUGAAAAAGCAGCAGCAGCAGCAGCAGCGAGUGAAGAUGGCAAAGGUGGUACAACGAAGCCUGUUUCCAAGGAAGGGGAAGCAGAACAAUAUGUAUAGGCUUUAUCUCCUGGUAUUGCCACAGUGCAAAGCCACAGGGGCUGGUCAAACCAUUAUAUGGUUGUAGAAAAGCCGAGGUCAGCAUCUGAACCCCAGGCCAGUUUGGAUGGAGGAGACUUUAAAAAUAAUAACCAUUAUGCUGCUGAAAGAGACUUAAAAACAUUUUUAAUUUAAUUAUGCUUGGAUGAAUUUAUUUCUCCUGCAUGCAUUGUAUUUGCAAACCAGAUAUUCGGCAUGCAGCCUUUGGAAAGGGUUUCCUAUUUCCCAUUGUUUGGUUCGUGAUUCUUAAAUUAAUAAUGCUUUGUUCUGAAAAUGAACUAAUUUUUUUGUUUUAAUUGUGAAGGAUGUGCAUAUUGUCUCCAGCUACUAACAUGUUUUACGAUGCAAGAUUAUUGAGGAUUUAAUUUUCCUUAAGAAAUGUGUGGAAGAAAGAUGGUGAAUGAAGGAAUAACAGUAGUAAGGUGUCUCAGAAAAUGUAGUUACCAUAUCCUGCAGUUGCUCACAUGUGACUUUAUGGAUGAAAGCAGCUUGAAUAAUUGCUGGCAACAGUGCUGUAAGUCUUAUUCCAUACAAGAGGUGCUAGAAGCAGCUCAAGCCAGUCAGCACUUUAGGAGUUCUUUUUCUUUUCAGUUUGUCUAUUUGUUUGUUUCAGGUUUCUUUCUUUUGUUUGUUGUUUUUUUGUUUAGUUUGGUUUUUUGUUUGGUUUUUUUUUUUUUUUGGUUUGUUUUUUUGACAAAGUUGUGUGAGAGCUUCUGAAUCUCUAUGAAUUUUUGGGGAUGCCUACUUAACCCUGGUCCUUCCCUGCCCCCCUCAGUGUUUCCCGUGGGAGGGGAGUGACAGGCAUUUGUCAGCCCAGCCCAGCACCCUGGCUCGCAGCAGCAGGAGCGAGGCAAAAACCUCUCAGUUCCCACAUCUCUUGGCCUCUCAUCUCGGCUGUGCUGCUGCUGCAGUCUGUGCUUCUCCCCUGAUUCUGUUUUCCCAUCUGUGCUAUGGAAAGGUAGGAACUACACUCACUCCCCUACCUCACAGGGGCAUUGUGAGGACUAAUUAGUUUAACUCGUCUGAAGUGCUUCGACAUUAUAAAGCACUAUAAUAAGUAUUAUCAUAAUUAUUAUUAAAGCACUGCCUAGCCUUUGUGACCUUGGAGUGGCAUUUUCUGCAUUCUAUGAUUUUCUGUGAUGGAAACUUUGAAGAAUUAUUUAUUGUAUAGAAAAUUACUGCACUCUAGCAUUUUGGAGCGGAUAUGAGGGAAAACUACUUGUAGAUUCAUUAAUGUAGCUUACCAGUUGCCCCCAGUUCCCUAAAGUUUUAGGUAAAAUAGAACCCCACAAAGUCUUUACAUCUUCAUUCAGAUCUAAUGAACCUAUUGUACUGUGUAAAAACUUCAAUUUUCUUUUUUUUUUACCUAAGCUGUGUUUUUAUAUCAAUAUUUUCCUAUGCUGAAUAGUUUUCUUACUUUCAGGGAAGGUAAGAAAAAUACUUUUUUUACAUUUGUUACUUAUGUAACAUCCAUAUUUUUCACAUUUUGAUAAAAUUGUAACAUACUGUAUGCUUUCUACCUGUAAAUGCCAAUAAUAGAAUUAAAAUAUUUAUUUAAAAUCU